AUGGAUAGUCCCCCAAAGCUUACCGGAGAGACCCUCAUCGUCCACCACAUCCCCCUGGUGCACUGCCAAGUCCCAGACAGGCAGUGCUGCGGGGGGGCCAGCGGCGGGAGCGGGAGCACAAGACCCAACCCCUUCUGCCCACCUGAGCUGGGCAUCGCCCAGCCGGAACCAGACCGGGGACAGGCGGACUCCCUGCUGUACAGCAGCCUGCACGCUGCUCCGGGGGGGUCCGCGCGGCCCGAGGACAGCAGCGCCAAGAGCAGGGGUCGGGAUGGGAGAGGCCCCGGGGCCCCUAAACGGCACAACCCCUUCCUGCUGCAGGGGGGCGCGGCUGAGCGGGGACUCGGCGACUUGUAUGAUGACAGCAUCGGUGACGGCGCCACCCAGCAGUCCUUCCACCUGCACGGAGCCGGCCAGCCCACCUUCCAGCUGUCCUCUUUCCAGCUGCCACCGCCCGGUCCCGCGCCCGGCAGGCCGUGGGGGGCAGCCCAGAGCCGGGCUGGCGUGGUGGAGGGGCAGGAGCGGGAGCCGGUGCCGGCCCUGGGUCCCCAGCAGCGCCGGCCGGAGCCGGACGCAGAGACCAUGGAGCUGGACGAGUGCGGGGGCCCCGGCGGGAGCGGCAGCGGAGGGGCAGCCAGCGACACCUCCGGCUUCUCCUUCGAGCAGGAGUGGAAGCUCAGCUCAGACGAGUCCCCGAGGAACCCGGGGUGCCCGGGCUCCGGGCCCCGGCACUGCCGCUGCAGCAGCACGUCCAGCCAGUCCGAGGCGGCCGACCAGUCCAUGGGCUACGUGAGCGACUCCUCCUGCAGCAGCUCGGACGGCGCGCUGGUCACCUUCAGCGCCCUCUACAGCAAGGCGCACGGCCACCCCCACGCCAGCCUCAACUCCGCCCCGCAGUCCUGCAGCGACUCCUCCUUCUGCAGCCACUCGGACCCCGGCGCCUUCUACCUGGACCUGCAGCCCUCCCCGGCCGAGUCUAAGAUGUCCUGCGAGUCCCACCGCCCUGACAGCGGGGGCAGGGAGGGGAGCUGCGGCUGUCCUCACGCCUCCUCCCCCGAGCUCGACGCCAACUGCAACUCCUACCGCCCACACUCUGAGCCCUGCCCCGCCGCGGCCGACCUCACAGCCUGCUUCCAGAGCCAGGCCCGCCUGGUGGUGGCCACGCAGAAUUACUACAAACUCGUCACCUGCGACCUGUCCUCCCAGUCGUCCCCGAGCCCCGCCGGCUCUUCCAUCACCAGCUGCUCGGAGGAACACACCAAGAUAAGCCCCGUGCCCAGCUCUGCCCCGGACCCUGGCCCCAGCCAGCCCUCCGAGUAUUAUCUGUUCCAGAGGCCAGACGCCCAGCCAGAGGAGCCAGCGAGGCCCAUGGAAGCGGAGGGCCCCGCGGGCCCCUCGGUGAUGGAGGGGCAGGUGUACACCAACACUUCCCCCCCCAACCUGGGCCCCGGGCGCCAGCGCUCUCGGAGCUACGACCGCAGCCUGGAGCGCAGCCCCGCCGCCCGGCUGGGCUCGCUGGAGCGCAUGUUGAGCUGCCCGGUGCGCCUGAGCGAGGGCCCCGCGGCUCUGGCCGGGCCCAGCUCCCCUCCGAAGCGGGUCACCUCCUUCGCGGAGCUCGCCAGGGGCCGGAAGAAAGCCGCAGGCUCCGGGUCCCCCCCCCUCCGGGCGAGCGUCGGGGACUCCUCCCAGGACUUCUCGCCCAUUCUGGAAGCCCAGCAAGACCGGGCGGGCUCGCUGGACGAGGGGACUCACUGUAGCCACAGUCUGCCGCCCAUGCCCACGGGGCCGGGCACGGACUCGGUUGGCUCAGAGCCCUGGUCCGCCCAGGUCUACCAGGGCCCCCAGGCCAGUGAGAUGCCACCUGCCGCCCUCAGAGCUUCUGGGCAAGGCUCCAUGAUGCAGCUGAUGGAUCCAGGCUCUGCCCUCCCAGGGAGCCCAGCCAACAGCCAUGCCCAGAGGGAUGCCAGAGCUAGAGCUGACGGGGGUGGUGCCGAGAGCCGACCCGUCCUCCGCUACAGCAAGGAGCAGAGGCCGACUACGCUGCCCAUCCAGCCCUUCGUGUUCCAGCACCACUUCCCCAAGCAGCUGGCCAAGGCCCGGGCCCUCCACAGCCUUUCCCAGCUCUACAGCCUGUCGGGCUGCAGCCGUGCCCAGCAGCCCGCCCCCCUGGCCGCGCCCGCGGCUCAGGCCCCUGCCGCCGAGCCUCCAGGGGAGCCGCGGGCCUGCGCCGACAGAGGGGCCAGGAGAGCCGGGCCUGCGCCGGAAGCCUCACGCCCGUCACCCCUGGGCAGUUACUCCCCGAUCCCCAGCGCCGCCGGCCCCUUGGGGCUCAGCACCGACUCGUCCGCCUCCGCGUCGUGCUCCCCGCCCCCAGCGCAGGCCGCGGCCUCCGAGGGCUCGCCCCCAUGGAGCCUCUCCCGCCCCGCCGCCCAGCAGCCCCAGAAGGAGGAUCAGAAGAUACCGGCGAGCUUGGCUGAGUACCGGCUCCAUGGGACAGGCAGCUUGCCUCCCCUGGGCUCCUGGAGAUCCGGCCUCGGCCGGGCGGAGAGCCUGGCCCGGGGCGGCGGUGAAGGCUGCAUGGCCGCCAGGCCCAAUAACGCCAACCACCUGUCCCCUCAAGCGCUCAAGUGGCGGGAAUACAGGCGGAAGAACCCGCUAGGGCCACCCGGUUUGUCAGGGAGCCUAGACCGAAGGCCACAGGAAGCGCGGCUAGCCCGAAGGAACCCCAUCUUUGAAUUCCCCGGCUCCCUCAGUGCCGCUGGCCACCUGAACUGCCGGCUGCACGGUCAAAUGGGGAAGCCAUUACCACUGACCUGCCCUGACUUCCAGGAUCCCUUUUCCUUGACGGAAAAGCCUCCGGCUGAGUUCUGUCUGUCCCCAGAUGGCAACUCAGAAGCCAUCUCCAUUGACCUGCUUCAGAAAAAAGGGCUGGUGAAGGCCGUGAACACCGCCGUGGACCUCAUCGUGGCCCAUUUUGGCACGAGCCGGGAUCCUGGGGUGAAGGCGAAGCUGGGGAACAGCUCUGUCAGCCCCAACGUGGGCCACCUGGUCCUGAAGUACCUGUGCCCCGCGGUCCGGGCCGUGCUGGAGGACGGGCUCAAGGCCUUCGUGCUGGACGUCAUCAUCGGGCAACGCAGGAACACGCCGUGGAGCGUGGUCGAGGCUUCUACGCAGCUAGGCCCCUCCACCAAGGUCCUGCACGGCCUCUACGACAAGGUCAGCCAGUUCCCCGAGCUCACCAGCCACACCAUGCGCUUCGACGCCUUCGUCCUCGGCCUGCUCAACAUCCGGUCCCUGGAGUUCUGGUUUAAUCACCUCUAUAACCACGAAGACAUCAUCCAGACCCACUACCAGCCGUGGGGCUUCCUGAGCGCGGCGCACACCGUGUGCCCCGGCCUCCUGGAGGAGCUGCUGCUGCUGCUGCAGCCGCUGGCGCUGCUGCCCUUCAGCCUGGACCUGCUGUUCCAGCACCGGCUGCUGCAGAGCGGGCAGCGGCAGCGGCGGCACAAGGAGCUGCUGCGCGAGUCGCAGGGCCUGCUGCUGUCCGCCCGCUCCACGCUGCAGCUGGCCCGCGCCCGGAGCCGGGGGGGCCCCGGGGACCUGGACGGGGCGGCCCGCGGGAGACGGGUGAAAGGCGUGGGCGCCCCAGAAGGGGGAGAGGAGGAGGAGGAGGAGGAGGAGGAGACGGAAGAGGCGGCGGCGGCGGUGGCGGCGGCUGGGGGCUCGGAGCGCGGCAGGGCCCGGAGCGGGCAGGCCGGCUGGUGGUACCAGCUCAUGCAGAGCUCCCAGGUCUACAUCGACGGCUCCACGGAAGGUUCCCGGUUCCCCCGCGGCGGCGGCAGCAAUAGCUGCAGCGGCGCCGGCAGCGGCAGCGAGAAAAAGAAAGGGGCAGGAGGUGGGGGGCCGCCCCCCCGAGAGGGAGUGGUGGAGGGAGCCGAGGCCUGCCCUGCCCCCGAGGAGACCCUGGGCCGGGACCAGGGCUGGCCCUUCUGGAUGGGGAGCCCCCCUGACUCCGUGCUGGCGGAGCUGAGGCACAGCCGGGAGAGAGAGGGGUCCACAGCGCCCCCAGCAGACAGCGAGGAGGCAGCCUCCGGCCCGCCGGCCGGGGGCAUCAAGUGGGGGCACCUCUUUGGGUCCCGAAAGGCCCAGCGAGAGACCCGGCCCGCGAACAGGCUGCCCUCGGACUGGCUGAGUCUGGACAGGUCCGUGUUCCAACUCGUGGCGCAGACGGUGGGUGCCCGCCGGGAAGCAGAGCCCAAGGAGAGCCUGCAGGAGCCGCCCGCUCCGGCCCCGCCCGCCAAGCCUCCGUGCGAGGUGAAAGCCCUGUGCCACCACCUGGCCACCGGCCCCGGACAGCUGAGCUUCCACAAGGGCGACGUCCUCCGGGUGCUGGGGCCCGCCGGCGGGGACUGGCUGCGCUGCCGCCGCGGCCCCGACACCGGCCUGGUGCCUCUGGCCUACGUGACCUUGACCCCAACUCCAAGUCCAACUCCUGGAAACAGCCAACACUGA